AUGUCACACAAAAGACCUGAAUUCUCAGAUGAAAAUAUGGAAUCCAGGACCCGAAAAGUUCUGAACACUACGUAUGAGAAGCUGACCAACUCUCUGUCCCAGGAUAAUAUGUCGGAAGAGAUUAAAUAUCUCAAGAACCGCCUCCUCACCUUGAAAGAAAAGUCUUCGCUGGACCCCAUUUACAUUGGGCUCGUUGGCAGCACCGGGGCUGGGAAGAGCUCGCUGUUCAAUGCCAUCAUUGAGGAGCGGUUCUUCCUGCCAGUGUCGGGGAGCCAGACCUGCACCUCGUGCAUCGUGCAAGUCAGCAGCAGCCGGAGCAAAAACUACGAGGCAAAAAUUCACCUUCUCUCACUACAGGAAUGGAAGGAGGAACUGAAGAAUCUGGUGGAGCUUGUGCGGAAACCCGGAGAGGAGGAAGAAGAGGAGGAGGAAGGUGAUGUAGGUGAAGCUGUCCAAAAGCUUCAAGCGCUCUAUGGGAGAGGUGCUGAAACCAGACCUUAUGAAGACCUGUUGAGGGCAAAGCCCCUAGUACAUAUCCCGUCCUCAAAUUGUAUUCUCCUCAAGGGAGUGCAGGCAAAAGAACUCUCUGACAAACUGGACCCUUUUGUCCGGUGUCAGAGUAACAGGGAUGAAGAGAAAGCCAACAUGCGAUUCUGGCCACUAAUCAAAUACGUGGAAGUGACAAUUCUGAAGUCUAAUGUGAUUCCGGAAGGUAUCGUGUUUAUGGAUAUUCCCGGGACAGGAGAUUACAACAGCAAAAGAGACGAAAUGUGGAAAGAGAGCAUCAAUAAAUGUUCAGUCAUCUGGGUUAUCAGCGACAUCGAACGAGCUGUGGGGGCCAAAGUCCAUGAAGUGCUGCUGAAAGAGAGCAUCAAAGCUUACCAAGGCGGGAUGUGCAGUGACAUCGCUCUGGUGGUCACCAAGUCUGAUAAGCUGCAGCUGGAGGAAUACCUGAGGUAGUGGAAUAGACUGUCCCUGGGCUUCAGGGACUGUGGGAGACCUUCCUUUAGAGAUUUACAGUGUGUCUGCCUGUCUUCCUCCUGCAACCCCUCCUUCUAGCUACCACCCAGGGCCGGCUCCAGGCACCAGCAAAGGA